AUGUCGUCUGCUCAUCGAGUAAGUGGGAAACUCAGACGCAGUGGCAGUCGUGAUUCGCAAAAUUCAAAUAAAUAUUCUACACCAAGUUCUCAGUCAGAAGUAACGAGAUCUAAAGAGGAGGAUACAAAUUGUCGAACUCCUGAAAGUAAGAAGAAUGGGAAACAUACAAAGUCCAGUAAUAGAGAAAUUGACCACGAUUCACAAUCAGGACGUAGUUCUUUAUCAUUUGCUGUCAGACGUUCUGGUUUGUCAAAUAAACUCCCUCAUACUGCUCACUUUGAACACAACAAUCCGAAUGAUCAAAACGAUAUAGAGUGUCUUUCAUAUGAUAUUAAAUCUGGAUCGCCAAAUGCAGAUUGUAAAGAUAACCAGGAGUCCCGUACCAAGAUCAGUGCAUUACCUAAAUCGUCAUCGAAUUCAAGAUGCACUCCUUUAACUCAUAACGAUGAUUCUAGUUGUGAUUAUAAAAAUACCAAAUCUCCAUACAAAAAAUGCAUGAAAAUUGAUACCUGUGUUCGUACUCCUACUAAUAUUCGUGAAUGUGAAAAGUUGAAAAGCAGUGUUGAUGUUGCGAAUCAUACUCCAAGUAAUCCAAUAAAUAAAAGUCCUUCCAAUAAAUACUCUGUUUCGGGAGAACACAACUCAGACGCUCAUUUAUCUCACUCUAAAAAGCAUACAUCUUACUCUGAUCAAAAUCGGAACCGAGUUGGUUCAAAUACACUUGUCGCUUAUAAUAGUACGGAUGAUGAAGUGCCUCAUGGUAACAAAGAGCAUUCAAAUCGAAAACAAAAAGUAAGGCGGAAGGUUGGUGAUCGUUUGCAGUCUAAAGAUCUUAGUUUAUCGGAAACUCGUCCUAGCAACCUUAGUACAUCGGCAAAUCAAUUAACUCCUGGUAAGACUAAUAGUGUCAAAGUUAUCAAAGGUACCGCAAGGUCUACGUGGGAUUCAAGCGAUAGCGAUUUUGACUCUUCAGUUGUACAUACUGAAAAAGCUAGUGAAAAUGAGCAUACUACUUCUCCAGAUAAUCAAGAAAAAUCAAAUUCCUUAGAAUCUUCGCUCAAAACAUCUCACUCCUCGAUAAACAAGUCCAGUCUGUCAAAAGCAGCAAAAAGUAAUUUAAACACGAAAAAUAAGAAUCAUCGACACCAAGAUGGUUCUAGUAAAUGUGAUCCAGUUAACUCAAAUGAAUCCCGUUCAAAACUAUCUAGUAGAGAUUCACAUCACAGAAGACGUAGAAAAAACUCAGAUCGUCAGCAUUCCACAAGUCGUCGUCAAAGGAAGUCCAUUUCAUCAGGAGGUUCUGAUGGUUCUCAGUGUCGCAAAAAUCGAGGAACCUCACGUACAAAGAGCACUAUUGAAGUUGCAACACCUAAAAGUCGUAAACGUUUACGUUCCCACAGAUCAUCCUCUUAUCGUUCCUCUGUUAGUAGGUCGCGUUAUUCCUCUUGUUCAGAAUCUUCUCACAAAUACGAUCGACAUAAGCGUAGUUAUAUGAAGUCAAAAUCUUACAGUUCUGGGUCAUCUGCUCGUACUUCUCGUUCAUUCCGCUCAAGUUACAGUUCAAGAUCAAGCUCUAUAAGAACUCCUCGUCGCCACAGACGUGUUAGAUCUUUUUAUCGAAGAAGGCAUAGGCGUAGAAGCUAUUCUCAUCGUUCACGAUCGCUCUCAAGAAGUUGGCACUCAACAGAUUCCAGUUUUUCUUCACGGUCUUCUCUUUCGUCACGUUCCCGUUAUUUUUCACGCCGAAACACCUCUAAAAAUCGUUCUGUUUCUCGACGUUCUCGUUCUCCUUUAUACCGGCCUACUUCAUCUAUUACAAAAGUUCCAGAAGAUAAUAUUCGAACUCCACCAGAACACCGUCUUGCUCGUCUUGGUGUUGGACCAUUGAGUAAAGAUAGUGUUUCAGAUGGUAGGACAAAUAGUCCUUAUAGUGACCCGAAGUCCAUGUCUUACAUACCAAGCGUCAAUGAAACAGUUUCAGCAGCUGUCAAUAGAGUUAUGAGCGGCGGUCAAUCUAUAUGUCGAAAGUCAUCGCAUGAAUCGACCGCAACAAACAACAACAAUGACAGUGACAGUUUGAAACCUAUUCAUGAUUCUAAAUCAUCCAUAGGACGUAAUAGUGAUUUACAUUCGCAACCACCCGCUUCAUCUGUUGUGGUACAGUCAAAUAAUAGGACAUCUAGUCCUUCAGUGCUCGUGGAUAUACCAUUACCUCAAGAUGCACUGAAUCAAACCACUGAUGAUCCAGACAACAAGAGCCAAACGAAUAAAUCUGUUCCUUAUAUUGGACCACAAGUUCCUCCGGAACUAGCCAAACGUUUUGGAUUAUCUGUUGCUGAUACGCCAACAAAGUCAGAUGUUGGUGAUCCUCUAACCUCAGUUCCAAGUGGUAAUUAUGUAGAGAUUACUUCAAGCUCUGUCCCGUUACACACUACUCCUAACUCAUCCUCUGAUACCAAUGCAGUUGCGUCAGGUGUCAAAAGCAGCAAUGCUGCGGAAGUCACCAGUUUCAACCCGCCAGAAUUUACAAUUCCACCUGAACAAGCUGAAUUAUAUAGACCGUUACAAGAGCAAGCAAAAGAACAUGCUUUGCGACGAAGUAGAAUUCUCAUGCCUGAUGAGUCGAAAUUAAAUCAAAUUCCUAGUGAAUUUAAUUUUUUGCAACAUCAACAACAAGUACAGCGACAGUUAGCGCUUCUUCAACAACAACAAAGUCAAACCUCUAUGGUAUUUACUCCUUCCAAUGUUGUAUACUGUACUCCCUCAAUAUUACCCUUGUAUGCUGCCAAUACUCCACUAAUCUCAACCAUACCAAGCGUUAGUAUGGCAAAUCCUGGUAAUAUUACUGUCACUGAAACCACAGUUCCUCAACAAGUGUCAGCUGAAGCAAUAAUCUUAAAACAACAACAAUUACAACAACAACAACAAUUAUCUGCCCUAUGUGGAGCUGCAUAUCAACAACAGACAAGUGGAAAUGAUGCUUCACAGUUAUAUUUUGCAUCUCUCAGUAAUCCACAUAUUACAUCUAAUCUAACAGUAGAACAACAGCCUAAUACAUCCUCUAGUAGUAAUGUUAAAUCGGAAGUCAAUCAGUUAUCCACAUCGCUGCAACAAGCACAAUUACAACAACUAAUUGCGGCAGCUGCGUUACAAUCAGUUGUUCAAGCUAACAAUAAUAAUAUUCUUUCCUCAGCCAAUACAAUCCAGUCAAUCAAUCAUCAACAGUUGCUAAACCAAUUGAUUGCUCAACAACAAUCCCAGCUAUCUGGAUUCAAUAUUGCGCCAAACCUUGUAACAGCUUCUCUGUUAGCUGCACAACACCAACAAAAACAGCUGGUGGCUCAAUGGCAGAAACGUGCUCUUGCUUUGGCCGCAGCAAGUUCUGCUAAUGAUCAGUUAAAGAGCGCUCAAGAAAGGCGACUCCCUGUUCUUACUCCAGGUACUACUAUUCCGGCUAAUUUGGCUGUUGCUACUCCUACUAGUUUAGCUUCUGUCCUCAACACUACCAAUUCAUUACCAGCUGCUUUACAGUUAGGUCUCCUGAGAUCUGGUCUCAAUCCUUCGAUCCUCUCCACUGGUGCAGUAAAUCCAUCGACCCAAAAUCAAGUAGCUUCUAUGGCCGCAAUGCUUGCUGCAGCACAACAGCAUCAGCAACAACAACAACAAUGUCAACAAGCCACAGCUCUUUCUACUGCUCAGCAAUCUCUUAGCACAGGUUCAUCACAAUUUCCUGUCUCUUCCGCAAAUUCAGAGUUUUCCAAUGCUGUUGUACAAUCAGCUUCAUUUCCACAACAAUUACAACAGCGGUUAUUAUCUUUGCAAGCAUCAAUUUUACAUCAAAAGCAACAACAACAACAGCAACAACAAUUAGCUUCAAUGAAUAAUGCAGCUGCUGCAAUGGCUGCUACAUCAGGUAAUGCAGCCUUAUUACAAGCUGUAAUUGCCUCCUCUCAACAACAACAGCAGCUACAACAACAACGUCAACAACAAAUUGUUCAAAGCCAGUUUCAACAGCAACAACAAGCUGUUCUUGCUGCUAUUUUAGCUGCACAAAAACAGCAAGUAACACAAGAUCGUUUAAACAAACAAAUGUGAUCAUUUAUGAAUGAACUUUUCUUUUUAUUUAUUUAUUGUCUUGUAAAGAAAGACAUACUUGUAUACUUUCGCAAAAUGUAUAUACUAAUAAUUAAUUUGUCAGUAUAUAAUGAUGUGUUGGUUUCCG